GUGGAACGCACAUUGGAGACUGAAUUUACACUGACAUGGUUUAAGUGAACGACCUCGGUUGUAUUGACUUAUACUUGUUCAUGGCUUAUGCAAUGCACAACCCGCUGACUCAUCUAUGCACCGCACACGCAUCAUCUCCGCAUCGAGUGACCGGAAUCAAACAUCCUCAUCUUAUCUACAACUCCUCAACUCCUCCACUGGUCAUAGACAUGGCCUGCAGAAAACAUGACAGAACCCCCCAGGAAGCGUUCCCGCGUCGCCUGUACCCUCUGUCAAUCCCGGAAGCGCAAAUGCUCCGGCGACCAGCCAUGCACCACAUGCGCCCAGUUUGGCUCCGACUGCCACUAUGACCUCCAGUCGCGCAGGAAACGCGAUGCCCGGCUGUUCCAGCUGCAGUCCGCCCCGGUCGACUCUACCACCACUAUCAAUAGCACACCACCUCGGCUUACCGAGCCAAAGAUAUCGCCCGAGGAGACCGCAGCUCGUCUCAGCUCGCUCGAUGCCAAUUCCGGCGCUGCAUUCGCCAGGCGACUCGGCCUUAAAGUCGACCCAUCCAAUGCCCCAAAGAUGCAUCUUUUUGCUUGGAACGUUGGAACUCGGCAUCCCCUCCCUUCUUCCAUGCCGCCAUCGUCACCCACUUCCAAGGCUGUCCCCGUCGUGGACACCAUCUCCCAGGAGGAAAUGCGGUCCCUCGUGACCGUCUUCUUCGAAAAAGUCGACCCAUGCUACGGCUUCAUCGACCGGGACCACCUCCUCCGCCAAGUAAGCAGACGAUGGUUACCAGUCGCAUCCGAAUCCGUCCUACCAUAUGGCCCCUACGACGCCGUCCUUUGCGGCGUCGCAGCCUUCGGGUACCUCUUCUCCCGCCGACAGGCCUGUCCCACGGAACUGCAACUCGCCGAAACAGCCCGACUCAUCCUCGAGCAAAACAUGCUCUCCGACACCACUCCAUCCGUCGACAUCGUCACCGCCUGGGUCCUCCGAGUCUCGUACCUCCGACUAACGGCCUCCCCCAAUGCCGCCUGGAUGGCCAGCUGCUCCCUAAUGCACAUCAUCGAAGCCACAGGCCUCCACCUGGAAUUCCCCUCCGACAACGCCAUCAACCAACUCCCAGAGCCAUGCGACCCUGAAACCCGCCGCCGGCUGUUCGGCAUGGCCCGGCACCUGAACGUAUGGAUAUCGUUCGAGCUUGCGCGGUCUCGAGUCGUCUUGCACGGCUCCACAUCCCUCCCGCCUACGCCGCGCAUCGCCGGCACCGCCGAGAUCUUCAACCUCCUUCCCAUGUCUGAAAGUCUGGAUCCGAACAAAACGACUGACUCUCCGGAUCUGGAGUCGUCUUUACGCAACGUGCUCGAUCUAGUCCACGUCCUGCCGCAGCUCAUCCUCGUCCAGUGUAACUUGAUGCUAUGCAUCUACCGUCGUCUACGCGCCCUGAACUGUAUUAUUUCAGGAGACUUGCUGGACCGCGUGCUGGCGCUGUCGAGAAAAGGGCUACAGGCGGCCCGCGAGAUGGUCGGGUCCAAUUGUCCGUGGCAUCAGAUCGCCAAUGUGCCGUUCCAGGUGGUGUGUACGUUGCUGGCGAUCGAUAACCGGACGUCCCUGGUGAUGCUGGGUGAUGCGAUGCGCACGCUCCGCGAGGUGGCCGCGGCGUAUGAUACGGAGGUGAUGCGCGAGGCUUAUAGUACGGCGUAUCUGCUGAUUCUGCUUCAUCAGCGACGAAAGGAGGAGGAUACGAAGGCGCUGAUGGAUGUGCUAAAGGUUAACCCGGGGGGCUCUGUCCCGCGGGUCGAAGAGCAGGAGGCUUCUACGGAGCCACAUCAUUCGCUGGCGGAUUACCCUGGGUUCUCGUGGUUGAGUGAUCUGUUGAUUGAUAUUCCUAGUUUGGGCAAUUUCGAUAUGGAGCGGUUCAUGUACACGGAUGCCUGGCCGGAGGGAGUCUGACCGCACACACUGGCUACGGUGGCCUACUGCGACUUCUUCCCCUUGUCAGUCUUCUGUCCGCCUGACCGUGCCACCACCCCCAGUUUCCACAACACCCACAGCAGCCCUAGGACAAUGGCUG